UACCCCACGCUAUGACUGUCCCAGUUUUGAAAUGUCCUUAAUCGUCAUGUCUAUGCACAUGAACAACGACAGCACUUGUUGAGUUAAUAAUGAUUUGAUGCCAUAUGAUAAUGGAGUCUACAGUUGGUAUAGUUGAAGAACCAGGUGGGAGACCUGUCUAGACCCAGGUGCCAUGCACUACCUAGAAGACUAUCUGCAAACUGAGAUGUGGUGACCAGGCACAGAUUCCAUGGGGUUGACGCUAUCUCGCCAUGGCAGUUCUUGAUUUCCUUUUAACAUGUUUUCAUGGGGUGGUGGAUGGAGUCAAGAAUUUUGGAUUGUUGAUCCACACUGUAGCACUGUUCAAUUUCCAUUUGCUGUCAUCACUGUUUGAAUGCAUGUCUAUUGUUGUCUGUACAGGCUCCAGCAUCCUGCAGGAAACGUGGUUCCUGAUCGCCGACAUCUUGUCAAACAUAGGCGAGUUUUUCCUGGAAUUGGUUUUCUGCAUCCGUUCUUUUCUGAUGCUGCUGUGGAAAUUUAUUCUCCUAUUGUGGCAUGCCUUAACCUUUGUACUUUCGGCUGUUGAGUUUAUUGCGCUGACCCUGUGGAGCUGUUUGGUACUGACGGUGAAAACGAUAAGUCAGACAUUAAUUGAUGUGGCGGGCAGCUGUGGGACAACUUGGCUGUACGGGAAAGGAUUAGUCAGCGGGGUGUUUAACAACACUGUCAAAGGAUUCGCUGUUUUGGGUGAAAGUGUGGAGACAAUUUGCUUGUCAACAUGGAACGGUGUUGUUGGGACAAUAAAGCAUGUGAGUCACUCAUUGGUGGAUUUUGUAUUUGGUAAAAUCCGCGACCUGAAGAACGAUGCUAGGUACGUCUUCCUAGAAGUCUUCCCUAAUAUUCAGAAGGAGGCUUACAUCGGCGUUGUUGUGUGUUUGUUUUUUUACCUGGUGCUCAACAAUCUGCCUCGAAUGUUCCGUUACAUGCAGAGUCAUGGACUGACAUUGCCUUUUGUUGGAGGUACUAGGAGGAUGGCUAAUAUUAUUGUCAAUGAUUCAGAUGAAGAAUUUUUGGACAGCGAGUCUGAUGUUAGCAAUGAAAACGAUGACGCUGACAGUGUGAUGACGAGAGGAGGCGAAAGCGACGAAUCAGGGAGCGAUGUAAACGAUAGCAAUGACAGCAACAGCAACUACGACAGUGACCAAGAGAUCGACAUUCAGCUGCCGCCAAUGAACCCGAUCACACGUGCCCUCAGUCGCUGUGGUUUGCGCCAGCGCACAGAAACGCCAACCCUAAGUGCUGAAGAGAAAGCAAGCAUGAGUAGAGAGGACUUGGAACUAGAGGUCGAACGUGAGAAAGACAAACGCGCUUGUGUUGUUUGUCAGGAUCGGCAGAAAAGUGUGCUAAUUCUGCCAUGUCGACAUCUCUGUCUCUGCUUGCAGUGCGCCAAUCAGAUUGCCCGUGCUCAUUUUAUCGACAACAGAGUGUGUCCGCUUUGUAGAACAAGAAUCAAAACCAUCAUGGACAUUUAUGUGUGAUAUGCGAAUGCGAGUCCGAAUAUGCAAAACCUAGACACAUUGAACGUGUUGAAAUUUAAUCUUCUUGUCACACCGGUUGUAAUGCAAGGAGAGGGGUUGGGGGUAGGGUGUGUGUGGGUUAAGGCCUGAAUGGAUAGAGAUGGACAAAUUCAUUUCAUGUGGCAUUUGAAUACAUUAUCUUGAUAUUUCAUAGUUCCUGGGAACAAAACCGAGCACAAGAAAGCUGACAUUCCUGAGAGCGUUGUUGGUACUUUCAACACAGAAAAGCACUACAAAGGGGAACUACUCUCAUAGUCUAGACAACUAAUCUUAUAAAUGACAAACUGUUACACUAAUAUAAAACCAGUUGAUUAUUCUGUGAGACAAUCCAGGUAUAAUAUUAGCAACUGCCUUGUUUGUGUGAAGUAUUGAGCAAAAUAUAAGCUUGUCAAAAAAAAGAAAGAAAAAUCAUAGUGUUUAUUCAUGAAUAUAAUGAUCAUUGCCGUUUGAAUUUUCACCUUUUUUGUAAAGUCUGUUAAGUGAACAAUAUCCUGUGUUAUAAAAUUGGAUUCAUGUAGCUAGUGUUGAUACUUGAUGACCAGAUCUUCCAGAAAACUGAAACAAGCAUAGAAUGUCACAUUUUAAUUUGUUACAUGAAUUUUUAAAUUUUUUUUUUUUAAUUUCUUUUUGUUUUUUAGGAUGUUGAAGUGAAGAAUACCCAGUUUUAUUUAUUGUACUUAGAGCUUGGCAGUAAUUCUGUCAACUUCUUAACUAUUCCGUAAUAUUUAUAAAAUUUUCCAAUCAAGGAAUAUUGUUAUUAGACUGCUAGUCUGUCUUUUACUCUGUUGUCAUUAUAAAUGACUGAAGUGUUCAGUGAAAACUUGAAAUAUUUCUUUUAUCACUGAACAUUUAAUGAGUCGUGCUGCUUCAAAAAUGUUGUUGGGUGGGUUGGCUAAGGUACAUGGACUGCAUGUUGUAUGAUUUGCCUGUUACCAUGAAAGCAUGUUAAACAUAAAUUGUUAUUUGUCUAUUUCUUUUUAAUGCCUUCACUGAUUACUCAACCUUUCAUCAUAUAUACAGAAAGAAAGGCUAGCUGCAAAGGUUAUUUAUGGAGCUUUAGCAUCAUAUUAAUUUAGGAAAAGGAUGAUCCUCUAAUCUUAUUAGCAUAUUCUGCUGCCAGUUUUAUUGCCUCGUUACAAUGAAAGGCUAUUUCUUUUAACAACCAUAUAGAUUUUCAGUGUCUAUAGAAUUCCCUUCUACUUCCAGCCCUCCUCCCCCCCCCCCCCACUCCCCUUCACCAGCUCCACAGCCUUCUUUCAUUGGCUACAUCCACUAAAUCAUUCAUCAGUCUAAAUCUGCUGAGCCUCCUGUUGUUUGUUUGUAUAACUGCACUGUGUAUAUAUACCAGCUACUUGGAUGACUUUUUGGAGUAUCUACGCUUUUGCAUUCUGCCAUAGACAGACAGAUUGGCCCCAUAAGUAAAGCAUGCAGAUUUGAGCAUUGGUAAUGCUGACCUGCGCAGAAGGCUUUAGGAUGCGUGAAAAAUUGUCUUUUCCAAUAAUAUAGGGCAUCCAUGGCCGAGUGGUUAGCAUUCCAGCACGGCACAAUGACUCGGGCGACACUCAAAAGUCCAGCUGAUGCUGGCUUGCUCUUCACUAGUACAUGGGGAUUGUCAUGGGUUUCCCCCAGACUCUGUCCGGUUUCCACCCACCAUAAUACUGGCUGCCAUGGUGUAUGUGUAUUAGUGAAAUAAUCUUGAUUAAAUAAAUAAAUUUAAUAAUGUUGUACCAAAAACAAAAACUACAAAAUUGCAGUAUGCCAAAUUUAGUGCCAUGGUCAUACUGACAUGGGCAGAUUGUUUUAGUGCUUCAUAUAUGUGUGAAAAACUGUCUCUACCAGGAUCGUAAGUCC